GAUCUUGUUAUAUUAUUAACAAACAUAAUAACUUCAGUCUCUAUAUAUAAAUAGCAAAUAUACUUGUAAAAUACAAGCUCCUAACUCUAUCCCUCAACCCAUUUAUAACAUAUGGCAUUUAGUUAAAUUCGUGCCAUAAACAAAGAUUCAUAUUUUUAGACAGAAAUUAAAAACUGUUUCCCAAAAAAACUUCACUGAAUACUAUAAUACGUGAAAUGGGCUAAGAACAAUGCAAUAGUCUAUAACACAAAAAUGUUCGCGAAAAGUGCAUAAAACAAAUGCAAAAAUAAGAAAGAAAUCAGGAAUCGGAAUCGGAAUAGGAGUAGGAGUAGGAGAAAUGAGCAGAGAGAAGAAAAGGGCCUGGGAGAUGUGUGAGUAGCGGGCAAACCUCAACAACCCUCGUAAAACCCUUUGAUGAAGCAGCAACAGCAACAGCAACAGCAGUCAAAGCAGCAGCAGGCCGUGUGAGAGGGAGAGCGAGCGACUAAAGGGAGAUGCAGAGAACGACUCACCCCUUUGGCUUUGUGUGCGUGUGUGUGUGUGCGUUCGACUACCUGCCAUGGUCCGCCAUUGCGAUUCGUCUGUGGUGGUGUGGUGUGGUGUGAGUGUGAGGGCAGAUGAAUGAAGCGAGCGGCAGAAGCUGCUGCGUCGGCGUAUAAAAGGCGAGCGCAACGUGCAGUCGAAAUCAGUUAGCGUUCGACAACGUCAGCGUAGACACACAACACAGACAAUUCGAGUCAGAGUCAGAGUCCGAGUUCGAGUUCGAGUCACUUGCCAACUGUUUGAGCUACGCUUUGGAUUAGCUGCAGCAACAACGAUAACAGUCGAUACCGACAACAACUUCAACACACACACACACACACAGCACACAUUCAACGACAGCAAGAAUCAUGCUGAUGCACGAGAAACUCAUGGCCGGGCAGUUCUUCGAUCUCAAGACUGAUCGCAAGCCAAUGCUACAUCAUCAUCACCACCAUCAGCAUCAUCAUCAUCAGCUGCAACACAGCCAAUUGCAGCAGUCGCAUCAGCUGCAUCAUCAUCAACAGCAGCAGCAUCAGCAACAGCAACAACAUCUGCAACACCAUCAGCAGCAGCAACCACAAACGCUGCCAAAAAUGGAUUUGUAUGCCGCCUAUGCCUAUCAGCAACAGUUGCUGGGCAGCGCUGCCGCAGCCGCUGCUCUCAGUCAGCAACAGCAACAGCAACAACAGCAGCCAGCCGCUGAGGUGCUGGACUUGUCGCGUCGCUGCGACAGCGUGGAGACGCCACGGAAGACGCCUUCGCCGUAUCAGACCAACUACAGUUAUGGCAGCGGCUCGCCCGCCGCCUCGCCCACAGCAGGAAUCCCCAGCAAUCUGUUGUACUCCGCCCAAGCAGCAGUUGCCCAACAACAGCAGCAGCAGCAGCAGCAACAGCAGCAGCAACAACAACAGCAGCUGGCCACACUCUAUCCUGCCUUGUACUAUGGCGUCAAGCAGGAGCCCAGCCAGUCGUCCACAGCCAAGUCAACAGCCACAGCCACCGCCAGUUUGCUGCAAACGUUUGCUGCCGCUUCGGCUGCAGCAGCAGCAGCGGCUGCUGCCUCGGCGGGUGCGUUGCCAUUGUCGCCACGUCCCGCCAGCAAUGCGAGCACCAUGCAAAUCGAUGUGCUCGAGCCACCACAAUCGCCUCCAGCGCCAACCAGUACCAGCAACAACAGCAACAGCAACACAAGCACACCAACCAGCAGCACAACAGUAACAUCGCUGGCCAACAACAACAGCACAUCAACUGUGGCUGCCGAUUGCAAGAGCACACGCCCCUUCAAGGCCUUUCCACGUGAUCCACUGGUGAUUGCGGCCAACUUCGCUGCCACCGAUGUGCUGCUCGAUAAUCCCCGCGUGGAACGCUACACGGAGUAUCGCAAGCGUGUGCUCGAGCAAAUCCGCAGCUCCAAUGGCGGCUCACGCACCGUGACGAACCCCAAGAUGCGACGCACCAACUCGCGCAGCGGCAGCGUUAACGAGGGCAGCUCCUCGAACAACAACAGCGAGAGCGAGGAUCGUGCGGCAGCCGAAGAGUCGAGCGAUUGUGAUUCGCAUGCCGGUGGCAACUAUGAGAAGCUGUCGACAAACUCCGGCAACUCUGGCUCAUCGACAAUCAGCAGCUCGGCAACAACAGCGGCUGCUGCAGCGGGCAACUUGAGCGCCAUCAUUGGCGGCGGACCCGGCCAGGUGAAGGAUGCCGCCUACUAUGAGCGACGCCGCAAGAACAAUGCGGCGGCCAAGAAAUCGCGCGAUCGUCGUCGCAUCAAGGAGGAUGAGAUUGCCAUUCGGGCUGCGUACUUGGAGCGUCAGAACAUUGAGUUGUUGUGCCAGAUCGAUGCGCUCAAGGCGCAACUGGCCGCCUUUACCGCCAAAGUGGCGGUCUAAGGGGGGCAGCGAUAACACACACUACGAUCGAUAACAAUAUCGAUAACGAUACGCUGCUUGUUGCGUUGAACGCCUGCGAGUCCAACUUUCAUUUUUUUUUUUUUUGCUUUUACUGCGUCAAAGGGGCAGCUUAUCUGUGAAUAAUUUCAAACUUCAACUUCACACACACACACACACAUAAACACACACACACAGACAAAUUAAUCAUAAUCAUAGUAGCGCAAUAAGCACAUUUUUUUUUCUCAUUCUCUUCAUGCAUUUAAGUACUUUAAGUUCUUGCGUUUGUAAAAUGUAGUUUGUAAGCGAUUCUCGCAAAAUCUCACCAGUUAAUUAAUAUGUACAUGUAUAUGCGAAUCACUCUGUAUACCUAAUUAUCCCAUUUUGUAUAGUACAAGCUAGUUAGUAAGUGAUAUUUUUUUCAUAUCCUAUAAGAAAUAAUA